AGGGCAGGUCAGAUUCAGCUGGCGUCGACCAAGUUCGACGGCAGGGUCGAGAACUGGAACCGGUGGCAGACAAUCUUCCACAGACAGGGGCUGCUGCAACUAGUGCAAGGGCGUGAGUGCUUCGACGAGGAGCGCGCUCGCCGCGAUGAGGACUGGAAGAAGUGCUACGAGACGCGCGAGCGCAAGGCUCACACCGAGAUCGCUCUCGCUGCACGGGGACCUCUUGGACCGAGAACCAAUGCAGUGUACCUAAAACAGGGUCUGUAUGCGCACCGCCUUCGCCAAGGCGAGGGAGUGACGGAGUACGUAGGCGACUUGCAGCGGAUGCGCCGCGAGCUCGAGUGCAUGGAGAUCGCGCUAGUAGAGGGAGAGAUGACCAGCAUUGUGCUG